UUGCUAUACUAACAACACAAACAUGGGUGCCACCUCUAAACUUUGGCUAUUCCCCAUGUCUUUCCUCUUGUUAGUCUAUGGAGGUGUUGAAACCCAAGCCUCACACAUUGUUCUACAAAGCCUUGAAGCCCUCCACCCACCUUUCCCCAACCAAACUUAUAGAACAUCUUUCCAUUUCCAACCUCCUAGGAAUUGGAUGAAUGAUCCUAAUGGGGCAAUGGUUUAUAAAGGGCUAUACCACAUAUUCUACCAAUACAACCCAAAUGGUGCAGCUUUUGGCAAUAUAUCAUGGGGACACUCUACUUCAAAAGACCUAGUUAACUGGAGAGCUCAUAGUCUUGCCCUCUCUCCAUCCCAGCCGUACGAUAUAAACGGUGCAUGGUCCGGUUCAGCGACGAUUCUCCGGUCCGGCGAGCCGGCCUUGCUCUACACCGGCAACGAUUCAAGAAACCGGCAGGUUCAAAACUUGGCCGUGCCCAAAACCCCAUCCGACCCGUACCUCCAAGAAUGGGUAAAAUCAGCCCGGAAUCCAUUAAUCUCGCCAAACAGAUACAACAUGAUCAAUGCUACGUCGUUUAGGGACCCCACGACGGCCUGGCUAGGCCUCGACGGGGAUUGGAGAAUCGUAAUAGGGAGCAAAGUUGAGCGCCGGGGAUUAGCUAUCCUGUAUAGGAGUAAGGAUUUCGUUGACUGGGUCGAAGCCGAACAGCCUCUUCAUUCAGCUGAAGGAACAGGAAUGUGGGAGUGUCCCGAUUUCUAUCCCGUUUCUGCUGGUAACCCAACCGGCCUGGACACUUCAUCGUACGGUCCCGGGAUCAAACAUGUAUUGAAAGUGAGCCUGGAUGACUCUAAGCAUGAAUACUACACAAUCGGAACGUACGACCGUGUCGAGGAUAAGUAUAUCCCGGAUACAGAAUCCGUGGAUAACGGCUCCGGCUUAAGAUACGAUUAUGGCAAGUUUUAUGCGUCCAAGACGUUUUAUGACAGCUUAAAGAGACGAAGAAUCCUCUGGGGAUGGAUUAACGAAUCCUUGCCAGAAUCUGAAUAUGUUAAACAAGGAUGGUCUGGAGUUCAGGGAAUUCCAAGAAUUGUUUGGCUUGAUGAACCUGGAAAACAGCUGCUUCAAUGGCCAAUUCAAGAAAUAAAAAAGUUACGUUCAGGGAGAGUUGAGAUUCCUAGUACCAUGCUCGAGAACGGAUCUGUAGCAGAGGUUUCAGGAAUCAGUGCCGCACAGGCGGACGUGGUUGUAAAAUUUAAGAUAAUGGAGUUUGAGAAGGCAGAAAAAAUGGAGGAAGGAUGGACAGAUCCUCAAGAGUUAUGCAGGCAGAAGGGAGCAUCUGUACGAGGAGGAAUAGGGCCGUUUGGGUUGAAGGUUUUGGCUUCAGAAAACAUGCAAGAAUACACAGCAGUGUUCUUCAGAGUCUUCAAAGGAAGAAACAACAAUAAUCCUGUCGUGCUCAUGUGCAGUGAUCAAACCAGGUCUUCACUGAACAAGAAGACAGAUAAGACCAGCUAUGGAGCAUUUGUGGAUAUAGAUCCUAUGCAAAAAGAAUUAUCACUCAGGAUCUUGAUUGACCAUUCCAUAGUGGAGAGCUUUGGUGCAAAAGGAAAGGUUUGCAUUACUUCAAGGGUUUAUCCGACAGAGGCUAUUGGUGAGAAGGCACACUUGUAUGCAUUCAAUUAUGGAGUCCACACCAUUAAACUCUCCAAUUUGACAGCUUGGUCCAUGAAAACACCAAUCAUCAACUGAUCCCUCCUAAAUAAUUUGUGGUAAUAUAUGGAUAAAUAAAUAAAUAAGAACAA